CUCUCUCUCUCUCUCUCUCUCUCUCUCUCUCUUGUCUUCAUCACAAAUUCAUUCAUUCAUUCAACCAAUCAAGGGCUGUCUAGUCUCCAUCACCAACACACACACACACACUCUCUCUCUCUUCCCUUUUCCUAUCCCUAUCUCUCCUUCCCUUACUCUCUUUUACUCUUUUACUCUUAUUCUUCCUCACUCUUGACUCUCUUUUCCAUUCAACAACCUUGACAAACCGUUGCACACUCUCCUGACUUUUUAUUUUUGCCCCAAUUGACUUUUUAAUUCCCUCUUCCCUUUAUACUCUCAAUUACACUUACACUUACACUUACACUUUUAAUCUGCCAACCCUCCAUCUUCUUCACCAUGUCCAGGGCUCAUUCUUAUGCUCAGAUUCCACUCAUGGAAACAUCUGCGACGGAGGCCAGAGACCAUGAUACCCACAAUAACGAUAACGAUAAUGACACCAAUCAUCGCCGAAACCUGGCCAUUGCCCGCAGUCAAAAAAGCUCCCGGAACAGCAACAGAAAUAAUGACCACCGUGGAUAUGCCACGUUGCGCAAUACUGAAGAUGAUGGCGAUGAGGACGACGAACUUGAGAACGCUGGUGAAAACAGUGUCAUGCUUCGACCUAUGGCCUCGUCUUCUUCAACCACUCCUGCCCCUACUGCUGCAUCUGGCUCUAGUUCCAGUUCGGGCUCUGCUCCCCGACGCCAUGUAUACUCCACAAAUUCUAAUAGUGACGACGAAGACGACCACGACCAGGACAAUGAAAUUUCCAUAGCCCCCCCUGCAGAAACAUCUUCAUCUAAUAUCAGAGGCUCCACAGCCACAUCAACUACAAAGAGAUCAGGCGCUCGUACAACCAAUAUGUCCUUCCUCGCACGUCUGACCGGUCGACAACGUCCAGAAAGGGAUGCCCAAAGGAUGGUUCGCUCUGCCGUAGAUGGUGUCUUUUCCAACUUAUCAGCCAAGCCACGGGUGGAAAAACCUUAUGAAGAAGAACUACCUCCAGCAUACAAGACUGCAGCUUUGGACGUAUCUCCGGCAUAUCAUGAGACAAAUCUCCCUCCUGGAUUUACAGACGAAGAUGAUAUGUUACUCGUGGAGGGUUUACCUGUUGGCGGACUGUUAGGUUUCAUGUGGAAUAUGAUUAUUUCAGUCAGUUUCCAAUUUGUUGGUUUUUUCUUGACAUACCUCCUACACACUUCGCAUGCAACCAAGGAAGGAUCCAAGACAGGACUUGGAAUUACUCUUGUCUCAAUGGGCUACAAAAUGAUGACCGGACGUUUCCCAGAUGGCUCUGAUGACGAUGUGGAUCCAUCCGAAGAUUCCGAUACAGGAUACAUGGGCAACCCUGGAAAUUCAGGAUAUUACAGCCCAAGUUCAUUGAGGAGAGUGACCGAUUAUGAAUGGCUAUCAUAUAUUCUGUUGAUGUUGGGAAUGGCUAUCCUAGUCCAGUCAGUCUCUUCCUUCACAAGAGUCAAGCUAUCAGAGAUCAGGAUCCAGUUGGCAGCACAUUCUGCAACACAUGCUGAAGCCACCGUCUCAGGAAGUGCUGCUGCUGGAGCUUCAUCAUCAUCAACAUCAACGUCAGGAGAAGGACGAUCGGGUACGGUCGUUAUCACAAUAGUCUAGUCCUAGGCGAGAGCGAUAGUAAUUCGAUACGGUGCC